AUGCACAUAGCAACAACAGUCAAAGAUGUUGCUUAUGCCUCUUCUCUCAUCUCUACCCGAGAACGAGAAAAACAAAGGCUCGAAGAUCAACUCAGCUGGAUCCAAGCUCCAAUACAGCCUCCUCCCUCUCCAAGGGUUUAUCCAGAUUUUCCUUCCCCACCAGCAGUGGAAUGUGAUGCGUCUUCGACACACCAUAGUUUUCCUAUUGACCUUUUCAAAGAACUGCAAGACCUACGCCAAAGCCAAAGUAGACUUGGCGGCAGGAAAUCUCCAAAACCACCACCUAGCUCCAGUCCUAUCCCACUUAAACCCCCAACCGAAGAACCCUUAUUCUACCAACCAAAUCCUCACAGGUUUACCCUACCUACUUUCCUACCAGUCCACUCCAGAGCCCCGGCCUUUGUGCCUUAUGUACCUCCACAGAGACCUCCAUCCACUAAACCUGCUUGUUCACCACUAAUUCCUGCUACAAACCCUAAUUCCCUUUCCAACUUCCUCAAACAAUUAUACAUGGAAUCCUUCUCUCCUCCCAAACCAUCUCCAUCCCCUGUGUCCUUUGUAGCCUCUGACACUACUUCAUGGUCCUCUGAGCCCCCUUUGAUUUUCAUGGCAGAGAGAGAUAAGCAACCAGCAGAAGAGCCUACUGGCGCCACAGAAGUUCUUUCUGAAGAAGAAGAACAUACUGGUGAAAAUCAGCAACUUGUACCACCAGUACCAGAUUUCCAGCAAUUCAGCAAUCAAGACCCUAAGCAGCUCUUUACUUUUGCUGGUAUUCCAUUUCACAAGUGGCCUAAUAAAAUCUUAGAAUUCCAUGCAUGGCUCACAGCUGAAUGA